GCAUUGUUAAUUUUUCUUUUUAUUUAGUUGUUUCGCUUCGCCGACUUUCCCCUAUCGUCGGACGUUGCGUCAGUUGCGUUGACUGGCGGCGCUCGCUUCGGAGCACGCACUCCUCCUAGGCUCUCUACACGCAACGCUCGAAGACGCGCAGCGAAUCGAUCGCUGGCACCGGUGCAUCGGCUUGGAAUCGCCACCUAGGAGGUCAAGCGUGCCAGGUCAUAUGAGGACAUGAUGCCGACAAAGGUCAGCAUGGAGGGCUCUCUGCUGAACGUGGCAGAGUGGGCGUACGCCGGCGUCAACCACACACUGGCUGGCAACGGAGGCCCCGAAUGCGCGGCCUUUCUGUCACCCCUGCGUCGGUUGAUCGAGACGUGCCUCGCUGCGUGCCUGGCGUGCUACCUCGCCUACUGGAGUUACGGAAGGAUUCAGGUCCCUCCCGUGCCCAAGGUGGUGCGACAGGAUCGUGGCGGCAAGCGGGCCCUGCUGGUGUUAAUGUGCUUGAUCUUUGGCAUGGAGAUGGGCUUCAAGUUUUCCUCCAAGACCGUGAUCUACAUUCUCAACCCAUGCCACAUCAUCACCUUCCUUCAGAUCUUCAUGCUGGCAGCGCCGCCUACGUCGAAGAUACUGACCGCCUGCUUUCGUAUCCACAUUCACUGGAUGAAUGGUCCCAUUCUUGCCAUCCUUUUUCCCGUCCUCAACACUCGCAUGCUGGCAAUGGAGCAAGAAACCUACUGGAUCCAGCAUGCACUGAUGCUAGUCAUUCCAUUCUAUCUUCUACGCACCGGAGUUGGCGGAGUGUUCACCACAGAGGCUUUAGGUGAUCCCAGCUGGGCAUUGAUGAGUGUGGCACUGCAGUACUUGUACCACUUUCUCUUCCUCCAGGGGCUGGGCCUGGUAACCGAGGUGAACUUGAACGGCAUGUUGUGUCCUGCCGUGUCCGAUCCUUUCUACGGCCCCAACUACCGCCUCUGGGCAGUAGGACAUCAGUUUGUCAUGAUAAUGGCAGCGGGCAAGGCGUACACGGCACUCAGCAUCUGGGUAUUGCACACCUUGGGCUCAGUGGUGUGGACCGGCGAGCGCUACGUGGCCAUGGCUAGUCUGAGUCGGGUGCAGAGGCUCUGCUCACUCUGUGCCGUCAAGCUGACCAAUCCCAACGCAAACCACGACGCCAGCAGCAACGGUCUACUCACGGCGGCCGAAGGGAAGAUUCCGUGCAGUUCAUGCUCUUCUUCUGGCUCUCUUGGAGACAAAGUCAACUAGAAAAUAACGAAGGUCGCUCCAAGGUCGUGAUGACCUUGACCGAGGUCGAAGAGAAGACUGCGAGCACUUCCUGCUCCUCUUCUGGCUCCCCUGAGGACAAGAUCAACUAGAAAGUAAAGGAGGUCGUCCCAAGGUCGUGAUGGCACCGGCCUAGGUUGUGACGACAUGCCAAGGUCGUGGCAUGCCUUUUUUUUUUCUUCUGUCUGUUUUUUUUUAACUCUUUUUAAAAUGUUUUUAGGCACCUGGGGUUGGAUGGCAUCAUUGCUACAUAGUUUUACUACAGCAAGUGCGUGUGCAUGAAGGUCGCUUCAGGGUCACGACACUACCAUUGUGACAUCUAUGAUUUUCCCACCCUCGGCUCUGGUGUCCUUGGCUUUCUUUAUUUUGGCACGAAUCAUGGACUGUCCAGGGUUGCACCAUGGUCGUCCUCCGGCGGUGGGUGCAUUUUAGCAUUGUUUUGAGGUCAUGAUGAUGCUCUGAAGCGACAGGAAUGAUUUUGAAAGAUUCGUUUUUAGUUUGUGGCAGUCAUAUCGAAGUAACGAGAGCUUUGUAAAUGCUUACAUUUUAUUGCACUUUUUUUUUUCAUUAUUAUUAUUAUUGUAGUUGCAAGUCAGGGGAUAUUACAAAGUGAGUGUCUAGGUUAUUCCAAGGUCAUGCUGUAUUCCUGUUGCUCGUGCAAUUGCUAAAUAGAUUUUUUUCUCAGCUUGAGUGUUGUUGCUCAGAUUUUUAUGGAAGCUUUGUGUGGUUACGAUGCCCUAGCAAUCUUAGAAAUUUUGCUAGAGUCGCCCGAGCAGCAUAGCUUGAGUGAGAGAACUUCACUUCUAAUAUUUUCCUCUUCACCUUAUCUGUGGCAUUAUAUGACAAAUCAUUUUUAGGCAUGGCUGAACAAGCUGUUUUGCUAGCCAGUGCCUGUUUAACGCUUCUUAGUCACUAUUCAGUGGCAUCACUGCAUUAUUACUUGCAUACUUCUAUAUAAUUAUGGUUUUAAUUGCUGCUCUUUUCUGAACGUCAAUGCACGAUUGUCUUGAGUAAAAAUAGUUUUUAUAAAGCUAAUAUGGCAUUUGUUGCAAACUCUGGUGUGAGCAGUCAGAGGCUAUUUUUAGCUAUGCUUCCAAGAUGCAAUUUGUGCUUGUUUUACUUACUGAAUAGGAAUACCUCGUAAGCCUCCUGUGAUAGUUUAGUAGUUGGUUCCUGUGUAGCUCCCCAGGUAUUUGUUUGUGUAGUGUAAACAAGGUGUUUGUAUAUGUGUAAUGCUUUGACUUGCACUAGGAACCUUUAUUGGCGAUUCCAGCGAAAUCGACGCCGCGUAGCGGCAACGCCGAGAUGCUCAGGAGAGGAGGUCGUUUCGACUCUGUCGUCUGCCGUUGCUGCUCGGUUCUCGUAGGGUGACAGGUCAAGAACGAAGUGGAAGCUCCUCCCACCUCUUUCCACUUUAGUAGAGCGAACGCUGGAAAAGAGGUGACCUCCUCUUCACCGUUCGCUCCGCUGAAGUGCAAAGGGGUGGGAGGAGCUGCAACUUUGUUCUUGACCUGUCACUGGCUAUAAAAACAAACACCGUUUCCAGUAAUUAUUUUUAUGCUUCCGCCGUGUCAUUUCUAUGCAUUGACUAGAAGGUUUCUACCGUCGAAAAAUCGCUUUGCUUUCAUAUGUAGCACCGAUUUUACGCUGCAGUGAGAGAAAUUUGUGGGGGUCCGCUUGCUGAACGACGAAAACGACCUCCUUUCGUUCGCCAUUUUGCCUGACCAGCGCUCCCUAUAGUUAGCUAGAGUCGCAAGUAACUACGAGACCAUCGUUCGAUUAUAUAGAACUGGAAUUUAGACACUUGCAACUUUAGUCGACAUUGACGAGGAUGUUUAGGAAGGUGCAUAAAAGCUUCUAGAUUUCCAUUUCAAUAGUGCGUUUAAUGAAAUAGGCUCCUGCUGAGCUCAAGUUCAUACUGUCUGACUGCAUUAAACCAAGGGUCGACAACCCGCGGCUUGCGAGGCAGGUUUAUGCGGCCCCAGGCAUGACACCAAAAAAUCCCUUCCCCCCCCUUCCCCGCCCACCCACCUUGCCGUUUUCUCACACAGCCGGCAGUUUUGACCUUAAAUGAGGUUAGACAGGAACAGGGUGCACUUCCAGUUGGCAUUGUGCAAGAACGUUUUCACUUUUUUUUAUUUAGCUUUUUGCUUUCCCCCCUUUUUGCGACUUGCCGUCCGGCUCCCUUUGUGUCGCCUUCGUGAGGACUCGACCAACCACAACUGCAAAAGUUUUGCAGACCCUCGCGUGAGACAUAUUUCUACAGUUUAGUCUUGUUUCGAUAGAGCCAUCACUAAAAAAAAUGAACAAUUAAAGCCUGAUGUCUAUUUUGUAUGUGAAGGUAUAGCAGAAUACCAUUUUCAAGUAGAAAUAUGCUUACAGAAGUACAUUGGUGAAGCAUCCGAACCUACUAUUUGAUGAAUGAGAAACGUAGCCGAGGGACAGACACAGAGCUGUGACGGACAGCAUUCCUUGUCUGCCUUCUCUGCGUUUUUUUCCCCCACUGUCUUCUGUUGUUUUUUUAAUCUUUUUUUGUGUAUGGGUGUCGUGUGUAUGUUUAUACAGGAAGAAGUUAGCCCUUUUUGUGUAUGGGUGUUGUGUGUAUGCUUAUACAGGAAAAAGUUUGUCAGCCCCAGUGUGCAUCUGGUGUUUUUCCUGUUGAAGAUAAAAUUAGCCACUGCAGUACCACUGCUAGCCUAAGGUCUUUUAAUAUGCAUCACACAUUGGUGAUACACGACCGCUCACCGAUACGAUGCUUAUGCAGAUGGGAAUGGGCAGGAGCGGAGAUUGAUGCCAGGUUCCCUAGGUUCUGCCAUGCGAGCUUUUGCUCCUAGUUUUCCGAGCUGUGGUCGGUGUGUUAACACACUUAGCCACCGAUGCCCCUUAUAUGUUUUGCAUUUAUCAAAUCCCAACCGAAAAAACAAAAUGAUAACGAGAGUGCUAAAUUGUGUAAUUUGGUCAGUACAAAGAGACACCCCUCGGAGCCUUUGUCUUUGGAAAGGUCAAAUACCUUAAUUGGAGCAGAACUGCUUGUUGUGCGCAUUAGCUUCAAUUGCCUUGUCCUUACCCAUUGGGGUUGUAGCUGUCCCUUUCAAUGGUGUCUUGUCUUUCACCUCAUAUUCUGGUCUUGUGUCUGGUGUGUAUGGCCUGGCUGUUAGGCUUUUGUAGUAUCCUAGACUUGGAAGCUUAUGCAGUAACCGUGCUCCACUUCGAUGGCUCAUUUUCUAUCUUGAAGAAAUGUUCUGGAAAAAUUUAUUUGCCAGUUUUUUGCAAGGAAACUGUGACCACUGCUAGCAAUAACAAGCAUUGGAUUUUAGAAAUUGUCUCGGAAACAACAUUGUGCUUAGAGCAGAAUGGAGAUCCCUAAAUGGGAGCUCUUCUGUAGUACCUUCGUCUAGGUAUCUGUACAUGCUCAGAUCUAUGGCUGAAGACUUCUCUGACAUUCAUGCAAGUUUGAUCAAGCAUCUGACUGGUGCUGGAAACUCGCAAUACUAGGCACUUGUGCUGUUUAGAUACUUGUGCUGCUCAGGCGCUUGCUUGUGCUUUGGUGCUAUGCAUUUUGAGUGUGAACAUAUGGCCAUUUGAUGUGUAGUCAGAAGCUUCUGUCGCGCUGGCAUCUGCUUGUGUCAGUGGCCCAUUUCAAGAUUUUUAAGGGUACACUAAAGAGGUUGUUUACUUAGUCUUUCUUUCACUGAUAUUGUCUAUGCUUUUAAAGCAGCUUGAUCGUAGGCUAUGACCAACGUUUAUAAAGUUUGAUACAGUCGAGAUGAUAGAGCACAUAUAGUAUUUGAUUUUGGAUAGUGAAGACAUAGGUUGGAGCACAUUGUUGUAUUGUGUAGGACGUAGCAGCGGCCCUAAAAUGUGAGAAGAAGAAAAAUGUCAUCCGGUGAUAAACAUUUAGUGAAAGGUCCAGUUUUGUACCAUAGAGGAAUGUUUGGUGUAAACAACAUUACUAGAUUACUUCAGUUGUGGAACUCCCGCAGAAGGGCGUACCCCCCCCCCCCUCACUCACCCAGUCCGCCUCCCGUCGUUUGAAGCGCCUUCUAGAUUUUGGUUUCAUAACUGUGUGUUUGACUCAGACCGCGGAACAGCCCCUAGUGGUGAUCAUGAGCCCUAAAAAUGCGACUCGACUAAUUUAAGCCGUUUUCGCGUCGCUCGAGUAAAAAGGUAAAACUCUUGGUGACUGAAGACUUGGUGCAUCUGAGGUUUUCGUCACGUCCAUAUUCAACGGUAGAAUAAACGAACGUGCGCUCCAAACCAGGCCCUACUUGCAAGAAACAGCAUCCACUGGCCAAAGCCAGCGCACGAGCCAAGCGGGACUCAAUCAAGGCGCGCGCGCGCGCGUCCCACCCUUUGCACUGUUUUCUCUCAGCCAGUCUCAGCUGAGACGCUGUUCUAGCAAGCCGGUUCAGGGCAAUAUGUUCACCGAGACGCCGAGAUUAAACGCUUCUAUUUCAUACAUUAAAUGUCGUUUCCAAUAUUGUAACGUAGCGCGGUCUGCUGAUUGGUCAACGCUGUGCCGCACAUUUAGUUUACGCUCUAACCACGGAGGGAGUAUUCAGCGCUGGCGGCGGCCUUUGCUCCGCCCAUUGGCUAAACUCUUCCGAUAUACGGCUCUGCAAAGAGCAGAGCUGGAACGCCAUUUAGGUAGACGCUGUGCUUUGAAACGUACGUAUUCUAUAGAAUGCACUGCAGUUACCGUAGUCGCCGUCCAGCGCGUCGAACGACAGGAGGCGAGUCGUGGUGAGUGAGGGAAAGGGAGGGGUGUACUGCUCCAACUGAUCUAGUCUAAUAACGUUGGUUGUAGGUACAAAAAAUGGCAGCUUUGCAUAAUGUCCCUAGCAGAUUUCUUUUCUUUUUUUUUGAGGGUGCAGGCGUUUUGUUUGAUAUGGGGUUGAAUUGAACCAGCUGUGUAGUCCUUUGCAUUGCAAGCACGAACAGCAAUUUGUACUCUGCUCUGUUUAUUUGGUUUGUCUGUUUCUACUUACUAGAGCUACUAAAUAGGCUAUACUUAAAGCAUCGGCACUCCAUUCGCCGAUUUUCUUGUGGGCGCCGCCAUUUUGGUGCUUAGUGCUGAGCAGACGGAAUUGGCAACCGUUACGCUUAAAAAGUGUGACUGCCUGAUCUUUGAUACGGUGUCAGGAGGCUUCACGCUACAUCGUCUUGCCCGGUCGCGGACUGUUUUCACGUUUCUGGAGGACGGAAAACCGUGUCCUGUGAUUUCAGAUAAAGCUUCAGAUAACUGGCAACCAUGAUUUUAAGCACAAAGAUGGCCAAAGUGUCGUUACUUUGAGGUGUAGCUUAUUUAAUAAAUCUAGUUUGUACGAGUAGAAGUAUGGAAGACUCAUUGCAUGACUGCCAUGGUAUCUACUGCAGAUAUUAUGCGGCUGACGUUACGCCGCUGCAGUGGCGCUGCUGUCGCCACCGCGCAUGCGCAGGCGCUUCACGCGAAUCUGGUUUCUGCGUACGCGGUGCAGUGCCCACAUCUUGUGUGGGCAGAGGCUCACUUGUUUGUAAACAGCAGGUCGGUCUAUACCUCAUCUUGUAAUCUGACUACUUUUAGCUCAACUGUUUACACUUCAUUUUUUUUUUGUCUAUUUAAUAAUGUUGUAAAUAGUAUGUGCAUUGUUUUGUUUUCUUAAUUGCAGUGUUCAUUAAUUGAUUGUCUCGUUUUUGUCUGGAGACCAUGUGUUAUUUUACACCAUGCUGCAUUCCAACUGGUUCAGUUGAUCCUGCUUCUGAGCUAACCUACAAAAAAAAAAAGGGCAGAAAAUCCUUGUGUCGCUUUUAUCGCGAAUAUAUCUUAUGUGUGCAUAUUAUCAAAUUUGGGUACUACGUUUGUGCAAGGAGGCUGGCUUGGUGCCAACAAUUUUAGAAUGUUGUCAUUUGGCUUCUAAGCCUACAACAUAAGAGACUAAUGUAAGGAAUGAGCGGUAGCACUCUAACUCUCGAAUAUGUCUUAGAUAAUUAACCGAAUUCAAAAGCAUGCCUUUAAAUUGCUAAUUAACUAAUGUUUGUAAUGCCAAACUUGUACUCUUCAUCAGUGAGGUUCCAAUCUUUGUAUGGCACCAGAGGAAAUUAAGAAGCAUAAGAGUCAUUUAUUUUCUAUGAAAGUUUGUGCAACUAGCACAUUUGAAAGGAGUAUUCAUCUGGUCUUUUGUAGCAUUGCUCAGAAAUCUGCAUUACAGCAUACCUUUUAAGCAUGUCUAAAUGUGCUCCCAAGUAUUUUUUUUCCAGCCCAAGGUUGGCUGGUUGUAAGAUAGGCCCGGUGAAAACUCUUUGCAACAAGAUUAGUACAGCUCCAUUGUCAGUGUGAAUGUGAAGCCGGUUCAAGAAAGAACCUAAUUUCAUAGACCUUUUGCUAUACUACCCAGCACCAAGGAGCAUGCUGCCCGUCGGGUUACACGCGCUGCACAUGCUGGUUUCUGUAGCAGUUUUAGGCAGACACCGAAAACUAGAGUGCUUAAAUGUGCCUAGAAUAAGUGUCACUUCGCACGAGUGUUCGUCAACGUCUCAUGAACGUGAAACGUUCCUGGGUUCGGCAUUACGUGAAGCCCAAAAGUGAAGCCCAGAUAAAGGCGUGGCCGCGAGGCUUGACACGGAUUGGUUGACGGUUGGUAGAGGAGGAGUGAGGUGCUCGACGUCGAUCGGUUAAUGGGGAGGUCAUGUGACCAGGGGUGGGAUUGAGGAGCAGAGGUGGGAGAGGAGGAGUGGGUUAGAAGGCUCUGAAAGAUUACCAGGGUUAUCAUUUCAAGUGUACACAUGUCACGCGUUCAAUUAUCUGUCCGAGCGCAGCCAACGCUACGAUCGGAUGGAGCCAAUCGAGCGGUGACAAGUGCAUCGUCACGGCGCUCGUCGUCUUUUUGCGUCUGCUAUCCCCGGCCAAACCAGUCUGGCACAAGGCGACGAGUGCCGUGGCCGCACUUUUGGCGCCUCCCGUUGUCGCUCCAUCGGAUCCCCUGACUGCGGCCGGACUUCCAGAGUUUUAUCAGCCUCCAGUUGACGCAACGCGUUUCGAAAACCACGCGCUCCGCCGUUCCCUGAUAGUACCUAUGGUCCCAGCAUUUUCCACAGUGCUUCGGUAAUUUAGCGGAAGGUCUAUACUGCUCGGUGUAUAUUCGAAGCCAGUCCUGUUUCUUUUGUAGUGGCAUUGUAGUUGUCUGCAUCCGAAAGACGGUAGGUUUUGUCUACGUGAUGGUAUUUUUGUGAACCCUUUGAUAUGAGGCAUUUGUACAGAAUCUUUGCCGAAGGGUUCCCUGCCGUCGUGUUGCCAUGCGUAUUGGGCAUUUGUGGUUUGCCUCAUUUCACUAGUCACUACUUUUGUAACCUUUGUUCAUGAUGUAGACCCUUUCUGUCUUACUAGGAUACGCGUCUGGUAAUUGCGUGAUGUACAAAUUUUGGCCGUCUGUUUUGGGGGAAGUCUCCACAAUGUAAAAUCACGCGCAACCUUGAUUAAAAAAAAUCUUAGUAUGUACAUGUGAUCAUCAGUACAAAUGUUAUGCACCCAAAUUACCAAUUGUGUUGUGACUCAAAGGGACCUUGAUAAAGAACUAAAAGUGUGUUUUUUUAAGAGAAACUGGAAACCAUUUGUUUCUCUUCCCCCAACAUAAUAGAUUAUCUGCUAUGCUGAAGUAAAAUUAUAUUGCAGAACUUUGUUUUCUGUCUGAUUUAUUAUAUAUAAGAAACUCGUAAUUUGAGCUCGACAGCGCUACCACGCAGUGCUCUUAUCUCUGGAAUAAAGU